GUUACUAUAGUAACUGUGAUGUAAGCCCAGAGGGGGAGUUUGCCCUCUUUCUCUUUCAAUGUGUCAGUAUGUGUGUGUGUAUGUGUGUGUGUGUUCCUGUGUGUGACGAUGACGAUAGAAAGACUUCAGUGAAUGAGAAGGGAGCGACGACCUGAAAGAGACGAAGAAACAACUCCUUUCCUUGAUGAGAUCACCACUUUGACCCCACCUACACCAACAGCUUCAUCAUGACUGACAAAAAGUUCUCUGGUGUGCCUUCUCCCUUCAUGUCUUUUCCUUUACAUCGGAAUGGACGAUUUGGACAAGCAGCAUCCAAAACCUCUCCACCUCCUCACCAAAAUGGCAGUCCAGACCAAGGGUUAGAACACCAAAGUUCUAGAAACAUUAGUCCCGUUCUCCAGGUUCUCUCUGCCCCCAAUGGCAGGACCUCAGACUCCACCUCAUCCAUUAGGAACCUUGGAGGUCUUGUGAGUUCUAUACAAAGUUCUGGUUCUGAAGGCAGGUCCAGUUUCCCCAGACCUCGAGGUCAGAGUCUUGGCUCAGCUCUAAGUGUGAGAACCAGAACUACAGCUACAAGAAGCAAGCAUAGGAGCAGUCAGCAGGAUGAGCCAGAAGCAUUGUUGGACCUGAUCCUUGAAUCACAGGGUCAGAGACUGAAUGACCAGAGAGCCAGCGUCAGUCUACUGCCUGAUCCAGGAGCAGCUGGUCUGUGUGAGACCUGCAACCAUGACCAGCCUCAUGCACCCACUUUAGACUUCUACAACAUGCUCAUUCACUACCAGUCUGACCGAAUGGAAGACCAGCGUUGCUCCCUCCCAGACCUGGAUGAUGUGGUUGGAUCAGUUCUUGAGGGUCAAGAGGAUUUCUUCGGUCUGAUCCAGAGAGUCCAGUCUAGGAGGAUGGAUGAGCAAAGAGCCUCACUACUGAUGUCACACACUGAGGAUGAUGAUGACACUCACUCUGGCAUCGCCCCUGUCCAUCACUGACAUCAGUGACGAAGAUCAGAGUCUCAAUGUAUAGGGACAGGAUUUCACGGAGUACAGUGUCUUUGUGUCCAACAGUUGAACAGAGUCUGGGUAUUUACGAGUCCACCUGCAGGAUUCAGAUUAAAACCUUUAUCCAGACUGUACCAAGGACCCAGAAUCCAGACAAUGCUGAUGUGAACACAGAACCUGAGAUUUAAGAUCAACAAUCUGAUCUAAGAGUGGUCAAAUGAGCUAUUACUGUGCAUUACACUUUCUCUGUGGGCCUCAGGCUGGGCCCAUGUAGGUGAUGUGAAACACAGGUCUGGGUCUUGAUCUCCUCUUAAUUUAAAAAGAUCUGUGCUGACUGCUCUGUCCAACCAAACAGUCAUCGUAACAGAAAAACCUAGAAGCAACCCUGGAAGGUUCUGUGUGAUGAAUUUCUCUGGGGAAAAUAUGCUUCUGUCCAGUACUGAACAUUAUUUUUGUUUUAUCUUAACCGUAACUACAGCAUUAGUAAAACUUGAAUCUGUCAAAUAUUUUCAUCUUGAUCUGAUUUAAAUAUGAAUCUAACAAACACUGCCAGGAUCAGUUUUAUGUUUUAGUGUUUAGUGUAAACAAAUAAAAUGAUAACAUAAAUUAAAAAGUCAAUUUAUGUUCAGAACAAAGAAACUGGUCAAGAUCAGUGUUCAAUUAAAGAAACAUUAAAACUAACAACAACCAGUCAAAUAAAUAAAAGAAUUUGAAUAUGUCA